AUCGUUUAGUGAGGUCUAGCGCGCUCCUCGUCUCAGCUCUGCUAGUGGAGUCUGGUCAAAGAUGUCUGCUUCGUGAAACACACAGCGGGUCUCAUGUCAACAUGUCCCUGCUCCGGCUCUGCUCGCUUUCCAAGGGGCUCCCCGGUCGCUUACUGCAGGAACAACACAGGCUCACUCUGCUGUUCAAUGCGGACCCGUGUCACGGUUGCUUAAAACUCAGGAGACACGUCCACGACAAAAGUCCAGCAGAGAGACCCUGGGUUUUGUUUCGGAGGAGUUAUUCAGCGGGGAUCCCGAAAAAGGAGGAUGGGAAAAAGAGGACAUGGGAGCAAACCCAGCUGUUGGAUGUUCUGGAUGCCAGGAUCCAGCAGCUGCAGAUGGACGGGGUGCUGGAUGUGAAGCGCUCGGAGGUGCAGUUUGUGAGGGCGUCCCAGAUGGAGGCCACCCCGGUCAAGGUGGUGAAGACGCUGGCCAAGGAGAGGGAACCCCUGGGGGCCAGGAAGGGGGGGGACCAGGACCGGCUGGUUUCUAAGACACAGCCCAGCCGCUGGAUGGAGAAACUCAAGCAGGAGAAGUGGAACAAGAGCAAAAGGCACCUGAAACUCGACCAGAAUGCCAAACACAAGUCUCUGCAGGGCAGCCAUGUGGCAGAUUCUAAAGGAAAGGCAUCUGGAGCCAAGAGUGACAAUCCCAAUCCGAAGACAGACUCCAAGAAGGCAGCGGCUGGAUCCCGUUUAGACAGCGCUAGUUCCAAGGAGGAGUCCCUGCUGGCCGAAGUGGAAGAUCUGGACCACCGCUUGAACCAGUGGGAGCAGCCGGAGGGAACGCAAAGGCUGCUGGAGGACCGGGAGGGGAAUAAGUACGGGGACGCCCAGCUGAGCAUCCACUCCUUCCUGGAGGCCUGCAUCUUCAACGAGGACGUGGAGAGAGCCCAGCGCUGCCUCAUGGACUACCACCGUAACCUGAGCCGUCGCAAGCAGCUCAGCAUCAACACCUACAACAUCAUGAUGCAUGUCUGGGCCAAGAAGGGCUCUCUGGGGCACAUCGGCCGGCUCUUCGUUCUCGUGGAGGAGGCUGGCUUGAAGCCGAACCUGGAUUCCUACACCGCGGCUCUGGAAUGCAUGGGCCGCAGCCCCCACUGCUCCAAUCGGGUCAUCAGCAGGUGUUUGCAGCAGCUGGAAGAGGACGGCUUCUCCAUCGAGGACCUGUUUAAGCAGUGCGUCUUCCGGGAGGACGAGCGGGAGAUGGUCCUGAAGGCAGUGCAGACCGUUCAUCCAGGCUUCCUGCCACACGUGGACGCAGAGAUGAAGAUCUGCUCUUCCCCCUUAGUCCAUGACUUCUAUACAGAGAGGGAGUCGGCAGUGUACCCUAAGCUGGAUUUCCCCCUGGCAGAGCUGGGUGAGCGCUUCAGCAGGCAGCUGGCGAUGGAGCAGGCGGGCAGCGUCACCAUCGAGUCUGUGGAAGCCUCCAAACCCCUGACCGAGCACAUGAUCCAAAUGAGGGAGCUGCUGGCUCAGUUGCGCUCACACUGGCACCAGUCUCUCCUGCAAGCCUUCCGCGAGAGCAAGAUGCACCUGGGGAGCAGCGGACAGAAGAGCUGGAGGAUGAACCUCUACCCCUACCUCUGCCUGCUGGAGGACAAGGAGUACGUGGACAUCAUGCUGCAGGCUGUUACCAGCCUGCCCCCCACUGGGGAGUCACUGCUGACCAUGGCCAAGGAACUGGGGAACAAAAUCUACAACAAAUACUCCAUCCGUAAGAAGACCAAGAGCAGCAUGGUGGACAAGAUCAGCACCAUAUACCAGAGAUACGCUGAGCUGCUGGCCAGAGACACACAGUUGAAUGAGUUCCUGCCGCGGGAGCACUGGGUGCGCCUGGAGGCGGAGCUGAACUCUGGCCCCUCCCUCCUGAGUGAUGACACGCACUGGCCCCACAUCCUGGUGGUGCAGCUGGGGACUCACCUGGUGGAGCUGCUGGUGCGGGAGGUGAAGGUGAACAGCAACGUGCUGAGCCCCGCCCAGGAGACCAAGCUCAUCCCAGUGCUGUACCACAUGUACACCUUCCGCAGCAACCACCAGGUGGGUUUCAUCAAGCCUCACCCCAUCCUCACCCAAAUCCUCUCGGAGGCCGUGGAGACCACGCUGACCUUCGACUCUUACGUGAUGCCCAUGCUGUGCCCGCCCGUGCCCUGGACCUCCCCCAAAUUCGGCGCCUACAUCCUGACCCCCACCAAGCUGAUGCGCUGCGUGGAGGGAGCCAUCCAGCACCAGCUGCUGCUGGAGAAAUGCCAGGACCAGGACCUCCACGCGGUGCUGGACUCCCUCAACCAGCUGGGCAACUGCGCCUGGAGGAUCAACCAGCCCAUCCUGGACAUCAUCAUAUCCAUCUUCAACGACAAGGGCAGCGACAAGCUGGACAUCCCCCCCCCGGUCUCCGAGGCCCCCCGGAUGCCCAGCAUGGCUCCGCACGGGGGGGGACAGGGCUCGCAAGCAGACAAGGCCUCCUUCAAGCGCGAGCUGGCCAAGUGCAAGAAGAAGGGGGCGGAGAUGCACAGCCUGCGGAUGGACGCGCUCUACAAGCUGUCCAUCGCCAACCACAUGCGCGACCAGCUCUUCUGGUUUCCCCACAACAUGGACUUCCGCGGCCGCACCUACCCCUGCCCGCCCUACUUCAACCACCUGGGAAGCGACGUCACGCGGGCCGUGCUCCUGUUCGCGGAGGGGAAGCCUCUGGGGCCCCACGGCCUGGACUGGAUCAAGAUCCACCUGGUUAACCUGACCGGGCUGAAGAAGAGGGACUCUCUGCGGGAGAGGCUGCAGUACGCCAACCGCAUCAUGGAUGAUAUUCUGGAUUCGGCAGACAAGCCCCUCACUGGCAGGAAGUGGUGGAUGAAUGCAGAUGAGCCUUGGCAGGCCCUGGCAUGCUGCAUUGAGAUAGCGAACGCUUCCCGAUCCCCAGACCAUACCGAAUACAUCUCCUAUUUCCCAGUGCACCAGGAUGGCUCAUGUAACGGGCUUCAGCAUUACGCAGCUCUGGGUCGUGAUGUCAUCGGCGCCACCUCGGUCAACCUGAUGCCCUGCGAGGUGCCCCAGGACGUGUACAGUGGAGUGGCGCAGCAGGUGGAGGAGUUCCGUGCGCGCGAUGCAGAGAAAGGCCUGAAGGUGGCGCAGGUGCUGGAGGGUUUCAUCAACAGGAAGGUGGUGAAGCAGACCGUGAUGACGGUGGUGUACGGGGUGACGCGGUACGGAGGCCGGCUGCAGAUCGAGAAGAGACUGAAGGAGAUAGAAGAGUUCCCCAAGGAGUACGUCUGGGACGCCUCCCAUUACCUGGUGCAGCAGGUCUUUACCAGCCUGAAGGAGAUGUUCACAGGAACCAGAGAAAUCCAGGACUGGCUCACAGAGAGCGCCAGACUGAUUGCCAAAUCUGGCAGUUCUGUGGAGUGGGUGACCCCUCUUGGCCUGCCUAUUGUACAGCCUUAUCACCGCACCAAGAACACUAUUCUGAAGAGCAACAUCCAGUUUCUGAGUUUGCAGAUCAGCCACGAUGCCAGCGAGCGUCCUGACACGGUGAAGCAGAAGAACGCCUUUCCUCCGAAUUUCAUCCACUCCCUUGACUCCACACACAUGAUGCUGACAGCCUUGUACUGCUACAGCGCUGGAUUAACAUUCGUCUCUGUUCACGACUGCUUUUGGACCCACGCUGUCACGGUAGAUGUGAUGAAUAAGGUCUGCAGAGAGCAGUUUGUGGCCCUGCACAGCCAGCCCAUCCUUCAGGACCUCUCCAACUUCCUGCUGGAUAAAUACGGCGCCUGCCUACCGGGAGAUCGUAGGAACAAGAAGUUUUUGGAGUACAGGAGGAUGUUGGAACUGCUGUCCAAAGUUCCCCAGACAGGUGAUUUUGAUCUGCAGAGGGUGAAAGAAUCUACAUAUUUCUUCAGCUGAGCCCACGCAGGCGUCGAGAAUCUCUAAUCAAGGACGCAGACUGAGCCAGCCUACAGCUGCCCUGCCUUGACACCCGCCACCCCCACCCCAAAGAAAAGAAAGAGCCCAGUUAUUUAAUUUUGUUUCCACGGAGACUCGCUUUGCAAUGAGAAGAGAACAUAAACCAUUCAUUGCACCUGGACUAACCGAGGAGAGGGGGAAACUGGUCUUUUAAACCAGAAAGCACCGCUGGUCCAGUGAAGGGUGUGGGCUGGGCGCCUGAGGUUGCAGCUUCUGACUGUGCAACCAGCCUUGAGAUGGAAUCUCAAACCUUCGAUUCUGUCGAAAAAGACUUACCGCCAGCAGUGUGCAAGUUUACUGGAUAAAGAACUGACACCAGCGUGUUUUCUGUAAUGCCUAAAAAAUAAAGCAAAUAAAUACUGGUACUUCUGUAUUGGGCGGAGAAAACACACACCCAUACAGCUUUAUAUUAAAAUGAAGUGGGAAUACUUGUGAUUCUCGCUGUGAUGCUGCUCAAGCUUCCUUAUGUUGAUUUGACUCGCUCCUUUCCCUUAUGUUUGCUUUGUCUUUUUUUUUACAGUUAUCACCUCCAGUUUCAAGUAUUGAAUAAGUCCAUUAAAAAAAAAAAAAUGUAAAUUGAGAUACACACAUUUUUUUAAGCUGCUGUGAUUGUGAAAGAGUUAAUACUGCUAUUAAGAUGCAAUAACCCAUUCCUUUCCCCUGCUGAAUAACACACUUGGAAGACUUUGUAAACUUUGUGCUGCUCCGUGGUACGCUGAGCUUGGUUUUGAUCAUCUUCAGAGGAGGUUGGUUUGGUUAAUCCUGACAGACAAGACCAUCAUUUCAUCAGGGGUAUUUUAAUGAGGGUGUUUUAAUUUCUGUGUUGAUUGCUUUUGUAUCUUUCUCUGUAUAUAAUAAUUAUCCUGUGACUUGAACCAGCUGGGUACGCUACAUCUUGUUUAGGGGGGGGGCAAUGUUUUCAAUAAAUAAAUAAAUAAAUAAAUAAAUAAAUAAAUGACUUAAUAACUAAUGAAACAACAAUAUAAAGUGGUUUGAUUAAUACCUGCACCUUCAUUAGCAGUCUGAUCACCAGGCUCAGGCAUGGAAGGCUGUGUUUGUAUUUCUUGCAGAAUUUUUCAAACAUUGUGGUUCAUGUAUUCGAUUUGUUAGAAUAACUGGUCAGUGGCUAGCACAGCUGACCAUUAGGCUAAUGCAUGUACAUCUGCAGAAGAAAAAACAUGAACUGUUAUUUUUGACUGUUUCACAUAGGCUACUAAUCGCUGUAGGGGGGGAAACGUUACCAAUGCUGUAAGUGUGUCAUAUGAUGAAUGUUUAUAUUGAAAUAAUUAGGGAAUGUAUGACUCAUAGCGGUUUACUGUAUUUUAACCAGGCUCAUAUAUCUUCUUCAAGGGUGACAAGUGACGUUUUCUUUAAAUAAUGAAAAAAAAAAACUAGAAGGGUGUUUAUACAGCAAAUCCUAUCAACGUGCGUUUGCUGGAUUGGGAGGGGGGCUCUUCUCAAAGGACUUGUCCCGGGCCUCAAAAUUUUUGGCUACUGCUCUGCAAGGAAUGGAUCAAACAGCAAUUACAUGCCUUAACUGGCUGCUUUUUGAGUGCAGAUGGAGAAGGAGUACGAUGGAACGUCAUUUACAGCUUAUUAUCUGUUGGCAGCAAUUAUGGCUAAUCUUUUUUGACCUUAACAAACCCCCAUUUACCUCUAACCAGUUUGGGCAUAGCUAUUUGUACAGAGCCAGCAAUUUACAAUAAAAUGCCAGCUAUCUGUAAAAGCCUCCUUCAUUGGCUUUCUGUGUACUACAGUGUUAUGAGAUACACUGCCAUCAUGGACUGCUGAAAACCACGAAUUCAGACGAGUCCGGCUCUUUUGCAAUGUGGUCAAGCUUGCCGUGCACGAGGUUGCUGGUUCGCGCCCAGCCUCCACCCUGAUACACCUGCACAGAGUUUUGGGCAAAAAGAGCACUGUAGGUUUUUACAGCUGUUUUUGAAACUUGCAUGCAGAUCAAUGAGAUCACAAGGGAGACAGCCGCUUGCAUUCUGGAACCUCAGAAUAUUACAUUAACAUUCUGUCGGGAUACCAGCAAUUUCCAAAAGACUUUCCUUUAGUGGGUAGGACUCCUGACGCAGUUGGAAACCUGUUGGUUCACUUACGAGAGACGGAGAGGGUAAUAUCGCCCCCGCUGAAUCGAUAAGAACACUUAAAGUGGCAGCAAUCAAGCAAUUUGUAC